AUGUUGGAGACGUCUCCCGUUCUUGCCGGCUCUGCGAAUGGAUCGCCCAGCAGCUUUCGCAACACCCACGCGGCAUCCCGGUCCGCCCCCCAGCUCUCCGAAUGCCACCACCAACCGUCAGCAGCAUCAUCAGCAGCAGCAGCAUCGGCAACGUCAGCGGCAGCGUCAGCAAAGGCGGCAAAGGCAGCCGAGGCAGCCGAGGCAACACACCCUCGCGCCUCGCCGUCUGCCGCUUCAACAGAUACCGCCUGCAACACCCCCCAGCGCCCCCAUCGCGCAAAGCCUCACAACGCCUCGACCAAUGCCGCUCGGCAGCACGGCGUUGCAGCAACUCGGCUAAACACGUCUGGGACCUCUCCAUCGCCUCGCCCGCACCACGUCUCAACUCAACGUCCUCCAGUAGCCUCACCCUCCACCAAUGGCACCUCGCCAACGCAACCGCCAUCGACGACUUCACCGCAUGGGGAAGCGCACAAAGUGCUGUCGCCAAACAAGCGCAGAGUCUGCUCGGGCGAGAGGAACGACCCGUUAACGCGUCGGGGAGGCGAAGCACGUGGGAUGCCCACUUCACCACCCGCCUCCACCGCACCAAAGCGACCCAGGAAGGAUCAAGAGCCGCCAAAGAUUCUGCCGCAGCAGUAUGAACUUUGUGCAGUGGAGGAUGUCGUCGAACUCAUCGCUCACAUGUUGGCCGAGCUGAUCGCUACGAAUGACGCCAUCAGAAUAUCUAGCGGUGGAUUAACGCGAUUCCAUUCCAGAACCGCACCUGGAAUCUCCGUGCAGGAUUAUUUGCACCGCUUGGCUAGGCACGCCACGCUUACACCACCGUUACUUCUUGCCAUGGUCUACUACAUUGACCGUCUAUGCGCCCUGUAUCCCGAGUUCACCAUCAACACUCUGACUGUUCAUCGAUUCCUAAUCACGGCCGCUACCGUCGCAGCCAAAGGUCUAUCCGAUUCAUUCUGGAAUAACACCACCUAUGCAAGAGUUGGUGGUGUUCGAGUUGCCGAGCUGAAAUUACUGGAGCUGGAGUUUCUCUAUCGAGUGGACUGGAAGAUUGUACCGAAUCCAGAGGUGCUCGUUGCCUACUAUCGAGGGUUGGUGGAACGAACCUCACAGUAUGCACUCGAACCCGAAGGUUCGUCGGAUGAAACUUUGGAAGAUGAUGGAGACGAAGUUGCCGAUGAUGCCGACGAUGACGACAUACUGCAGCAGCAGAAACAUUGA